GCACACUUCCACAUUCCAUUUCCUUGUUUUUUCCUUGCUGUAUUUCUUGUCCUGGCAAUUCCAGGCCUUAGCCAGCAGACAAGGUAGAGCCAGGCUGACCUGUCUCUAGAGUAGCUGAAUUGCGUCAAAGAGCAAAUUUAGUUCGUGGUUCCGAAUUCCGGAGCCAUGGCUGCACGACGAGCGCUGAUUUUUUAUCAAGGUUCGGAAGUCGAGCGACCACGGUGGCUCGACUGUUUACUGAAAGGGGAAUUCUUCUCCCCGUGCACAAGUCACGUCUCGUUGAAGAAGAACGAGAUGAAUCUGUUCUGCAUGGACUGCAUGGAGGAGCUCUGCCAGCAUUGCAUGUCAAGCCAUCAGUCUCACAAAAUGCUCCAGAUUCGGAGAUACGUGUACCACGACGUUGUUCGGCUUCAAGACAUCACGAAGCUGGUGGACUGUGGCGGAGUUCAGGCCUACAUUGUCAAUGGCUCGCGAGUGGUGUUCCUGAACCAGAGGCCUCAGCCUCGGCCGACCAAGACGACCAAUUCCUGCAUAACUUGUGCUCGGAUGCUCCAAGACGAAUUCAGCUACUGCUGUCUGGGUUGCAAGGUAGAGGCUCUCGAACGUCCCAACACGCCGUCGUCAGAACCGAUAAAGAAGGGUUCGAAUCAACUGAUGACCAGCUUAGCUUCCUCAGAUAGCGGAUCGUUCACUUCUCAGGAUGAGCCCUCGCCUAUGAAGCACGAGGACUCCCGGAAUUUCGCCGAUUCCGAUAGCGGAUCAUCGUUUGACGAUAAGGAGACGACGUCCCACGAUCUGGACUACUCUUCGGUUCCUAAGCGUUCGCGAAACUCGCGAUCGUCGUGGAGCUCGUCGCCAAGGUCUGUCCUUCCUAGCUUGAACAGGCGGAAAAGUACACCACAGAGAGCGCCCGCCUAUUGACGGAUAUCGUCAGCCUUUUGACGGACAGGGCCAGCCUAUUGACGGAGAUCGCCACUAUCGGUCAAGCCCCGCAGUCUAACUGAGGCGCACCCGUAUUUAUCACCAACUCCUCCCAUCCUGCUUCCCCUCACCCACAACCCUAAUUAUUCCCAACCUCCAACCGUCCCCUCCCCCUCCCACCCAAAAACCUAUUUAGUCACAGCCGCUCCAACCCUCCCCUCUCUCCAUCCUUGUACAUCCACCAAACUACGGUAGCCAUAAGGUCUCUUACGACGUCUUCAAUGCAAAUUGAAGUCCGCCUGGCGCAGUGCUGCUGCUCAGCGUUCGGUUCGGCCAGGAUACUGCGUUCACUGUCCACGCCCUCCGGGAUUCUGGGUUCCAUGUGUCCACUCUGUUGUACUCUUCCGCCUGGGAAUAAAAUCCUUUUACUCCA